AUGCUUCACCGGGGAUUCCAGCGUCGCAAAGUAGACUUGGACUUUUACCUGCACCGUGUCUUCCGUAAAAAAUCGUUCCGACGGACUCUCGAGACAAUGCAUUCCCAAGGGGAGUUGGUCCGCGUGGCGAUCGAUGAAGCACAUUGCAUCAGCGAAUGGGGUCACGACUUUCGCCCGGCUUACAAACAGCUCUCAUGGUUCAGGCGCCAUCUGAACGAUCCACCAGUUCCAAUCAGUGCCUUUACAGCGACUGCAACACCACGAGUGCGUGCCGAUAUCAUCAGCAUUCUUGGUUUGGAGCCUUCUCGGCUGAAAAUCUUCAACACUCCUUCCGCACGCCCCAAUAUUCACUAUGAGAUUAGAUACCUCGAUAGUUUCGCAGAGGAUCCAACAGAGAUUGAGCCCUUUCAAUUGAAAGACCUCCUUCUCUGGUUAGAGUCCAUCAAAGCUCGACGAGAAGCCAGACUGGAUUCAAAAGAUGCCCGCCUUCCACCAAUGUUCGGGAUUGUCUACGUGCCUUACCGGGUCAUUUCUACACAGCUGGCCAAUGCUCUGACAAGCGCCACAGAUGGACAGAUCCGCGCAGUUGCCUACCAUGCUGGCCUUUCCUCCGAAGAGAGAACCAGCGUGCAGACCGAAUGGACAGCACCACAGCUUCUAGCUGCCGAGGAAGGUCCCCAUCCAGCGUUCUAUAUCAUUGUCGCGACGAACGCGUUCGGUAUGGGUAUCGAUAAUUCGCACGUCCGCUUCGUGGUCCACUGGACUCCCCCUCGCAGCUUCGAGGGUCUUGUGCAAGAAUCCGGUCGAGCAGGCCGAGACGGUCGCGCCGCCGCCUCUCUGAUUUACUACAAUACGCAGGAGCGAGACCGCGUCCUUGAUCGCCUCCAUAAAGACGUCCAGAACGCCAGGAUGCGAGCCGGGAUCAGGAGCAACAGUGCCGAUCAGAACCCCGAGUGUGCAACCAAAGCCUUGCACAAUCUGCAGAGUCAUAAAGCCCGUCUGGAGAGCUUCAAACAGGUCAUCCGCUACUGCGAGACAGUAACUCAAUGUAGACAUGAGCUCAUCAAGGACUUCUUCGGGGAUUUGGAGCUCGAGAUGAUGGGCUCUCAGGUUGCGCGGGAAAUCAAGGCCGAAGGUGCAACCUCAUCACCGUGCGAUUUUGCCUGUGACUUUUGUAAAGUCGGUCCGGCUGAGCUGGCCAGGCGCAAGGCGAGAAUGCCCCCCGACAGCGACCCUUCGGCCUUCAUGGACCUGGGUCUCGCUCAUGUCAUGCAGAGAAUGUUUCCUGGACUCUCAUGA